AAGAAAUACAGACAUCUGACAUAUCUCAAAGAUGAGAUAUAGUGUGUGUUUGCAGUUACUGCUUGGAAAUUACAAAUAGAGCUAAGUUUUCAAACAAGAAAUCUUAAAGUCAAAUUUGGAGAGUAUGGCUCAAUAAAAGCUCCACCCUGUUCUCAUACCUUCAUACCUGAGAUUUGUCAGUAAACACGUGUUCCUCUUCCUCAUCAGCAUGGACAGAAAAAGAGAACGCUCGUUCAGUCUAGACCAGACCGACAAGAUCCGCUGAGAGAGGACACACGGAGCAGGAAACAGCACUGAAUGUGAGUUUUACAGUCAACACCUUUCAAGUGCGUGGAUGGAGUGACUGAUUAGCUGCUUGGACAGUGUUUCAACUGAACUGAGAAGCAAUGUCUUUCAGCAUGAAAGAGGACCUCUGUUGCUCCAUCUGUCAGGACAUCUUCAGGGAUCCUGUUGUCUUGUUCUGCAGCCACAGCUUCUGUAAAUGCUGCCUGAAUAACUGGUGGCAAGGGAAAAUAAUACUGGAGUGUCCACUUUGUAAGACAACAUCCACUACGAGUGAUCCUCCUUGCAACUUGGUUUUAAAACAGCUCUGUGAGGCAUUCCUACAAAGACAAAGGAACAAGGGUCCACCAAAACCAAGGUUUCCCAGCAUUCCAGAACCAGAGGUUACCUGCAGUCUACAUGGUGAGAAAUUCAAACUCUUCUGUGUGGAGGACAAGCAGCUUUUGUGUCUCGUUUGUCAGCAUUCAGAUGAACAUGCUGGACACAAGUUGAAACCUAUUGCUGAAGUUGCUGAGCUUCAGAGGAAAGAGCUCAGAAAGACUCUGGAGCCAUUACAGGAGAAGCUGAAGGUCUUCAAAGAAGAGCAAGAGACCUUGGAUCACACAGCUGAACAUGUUAAGCUCCAGGUCCAACAAACCGAGGGACGCAUCAAGGAGCAGUUCAGGAAGCUACGUCUGUUUCUUAACAAAGAAGAAAAAAACAGGAUUGCUGCUCUGAGGACAGAAGAAAGCAACAAGACUCGUGAGCUACACCUAAAGAUUGAUGCCCUGAGUAAAGAGGUUGAUGCUCUUUCACGCACAAUCAGAGACACAGAAGAAAUGCUAAAAGCUGAAGAUGUCUCGUUGCUGCAGAGCUUCAAGACUGCCGUACAAAACAUCCAACAGCGCACCCUGCUGGAAAACCCAAAGCCUGUCUCAGGAGCUCUGAUAGAUGUGGCCAAACACCUGGGCAACCUGAACUUCAACAUCUGGAACAAGAUGAAACAACUGGUGUCCUACACUCCUGUGGUUCUGGAUCCAAACACAGCAAACUCUGAGCUCAUCCUCUCUGAGGAUCUGACGAGUGUGAGAUGUGGUCAGAAAAAGGGCGUUCCGGACAACCCGGAGAGGUUUGACUUCUUCCGCAUCGUCCUGGGCUCUGAGGCCUUCAUGUCAGGAACCUACAGCUGGGAUGUUGAGGUUGGAGACAACACAGACUGGUUUGUGGGCGUCGCUUCGUACGGAGUGCAAAGGAAAGGAAAGCACCCAAGCCAUCUAUGGAGAAUAGGGUGCAUUGAUGGUAAAUACAUAGCCCGCUCCAUGUCCGAUCCAUCCACCGAUCUGUCACAGAUCAGAAAGUUGAGCAGGAUCAGAGUUGUGUUGGACAGGAACAUAGGGAAGCUGCUCUUCUUUGACCUUGAUACCAACACGGUCAUUCACACCUUCAAAUAUUCCUUUAAUGAAAAACUGUUCCCAUAUUUCAACACAAGCAAUGAAUCCCCUCUGAGGAUACUGCCAGAGAACCUCUGCCUGAAGCAAAGUUAAAAUGGACAGCGGUGCUGACUGAAAACAGUUAAUUCAAGAAUGUUUUGCAUCUGCACAACAUUCACAAAGUAAACCUUAUUUCAUUGUCUUUGGUCUUGUCCUAAACUUCAGGAAUUCUGGGGAGAGGUUAGAGACAUUUUACAGGAAAUGCUGUCAGUUAAAUUAGAGGAGGAACCUACGUUUUUUAUAAUGGGCUUAUAUCCUGGAAGAAUUUAUGUCUCCUAUUUUAAAAUUAUUUUAUAAACUUGGGAAUAUUACACGUCAAGAGGGUGAUUGCUCUGUCGUGGAAAAUAUUUAAGGGGGAUUUCAUUAAUUAUAUUAAGAACAAGGACCUGACCCAUCUGUUGUAGGUAUCUGGGACAACAAUGCCUUCCUGAUGCAGUUCCACAACAUUAUGCUGUAUGUUGUAAAUUUAACCUAACAUCUGAGAACUUCCGUAUACCCAAAACCUGCUUUUAUAAUGUACCUGGUUUUGUGUUAGUUAAAAUGUUUGUGAUUGUGUGUAUAUUAUAAAAUUUAAAUAAAGACAGUUUUGGGGGG